CCCCUGUUUUCUCCUCAUCUUCUAGAAGGUGGCCAGCAUUUCAAUAGACUGGCUCUAAUACCUUCUCAUUUCUGUUGUGUUGUGAUUCUCUUGUGAACAAACGUCUUUACUGUUUCGUCACGGAUUCGGGGAGGAUGGGGAGACAGUGAAACUGAGGGAGAGAGAGGCUAAGGAACUUGCUCGAGGUCUCGUAGCUGGAAAUGACUUAGAGGCCUUACAAAUACAUCUGUGCAUUCUUGCUUCAGACUUUACAAUUGAGAGCCAAUCCAGUCUGGAAGCACCUCUUAUUAAUGUUACAAGGAAACCGCUACCUCAGCAAACAAAAGGAAAGGAGGAGAAGACUUACAACGACAAAUGCCAUUUUUAAAAAACAAACAAACUCAUUUCCAGAAAACAUUGAGGAGAUUUGAAAAUUUUUAGCACUGAGGCGAAAUUUAACAGGUAAAAUGUAUUUGACAGGCAGGUUCUGUCAAAAUUCUGCAGAGGUUUGACCUUCUUUCUUAAGGCCUUAGAGUGAAGUUUAUCUGUACUGCUUUUUAAAUUGCUGUUGAUCAGCUUGUGGGUCUUUGGGUUCUUUUUUGGUAUAUUGAAGAUACAUUAUAUUACAUUUUUAAAAGUUAAGUUAUUUUUUUGCCAUUGUAAAUACAGUAUCAAAAUAUUCUUGCAAAGCAAUUUUAAGUAAACAUUUUUCUCCGCAAGCAUAUCUUUUUAUUAAGAGAGUGGAAUGCUAAACAGUUCUUAUCUAGCAUUUUGGACGUACUUUUAUUUUUCAUCAGAGGUCCUGCCUAUACAGAAAAUAUUCAUGAUAUAAACCUAUUGUCCUAGUCUCACAUCUUCAUUGGAUUACACGGUCACCUGCCUCAUGGAGAUGCCUUUUUUAAAACAUAGAUUUGCAGAACUCCAGUAUUUUUAUACCUAGCUACGGUUUUGAAGAAACAAAGAGGCAGAACCCUGACCUGCUCACGGUCGCUGGGACGAUUCCCCCUCCCGCAUGUAUUGCUGCAGUGCCCAGGACAGUAAGAUGGACUAUAAGCGGCGCUUCCUGCUUGGCGGGUCCAAGCAGAAGGUGCAGCAGCACCAGCAGUACCCAAUGCCUGAGCUGGGCCGAACACUGAGCGCUCCCUUGGCAUCUACGGCCUCCACUGCCCCCCUGGGCAGUCUGACUGCUGCAGGCAGCUGCCACCACGCCAUGCCCCACUCCACCCCCAUUGCCGACAUCCAGCAGGGCAUCUCUAAGUACCUAGACGCCCUCAACGUCUUCUGCCGUGCCAGUACUUUCCUCACAGACCUCUUCAGCACUGUGUUCAGGAACUCUCACUACUCAAAGGCGGCCAUGCAGCUCAAAGACGUGCAGGAGCACGUCAUGGAAGCAGCCAGUCGGCUGACCUCGGCCAUAAAGCCCGAGAUUGCCAAGAUGCUCAUGGAACUCAGUGCCGGGGCCGCCAACUUUACAGAUCAGAAGGAAUUCAGUCUCCAAGACAUUGAGGUGUUGGGGCGAUGUUUCUUGACAGUGGUGCAAGUCCAUUUCCAGUUUUUGACUCAUGCGUUGCAGAAGGUCCAGCCAGUGGCUCACUCUUGCUUUGCCGAGGUCAUCAUGCCAGAGAAAAAGAGCAGCAGCAGUGGUGGUGGCCUGCCCAGCGUGGGCCACACACCGGAGCUGGAGGAAGCUGUGCGGUCCUGGCGGGGGGCUGCUGAGGCGACAUCUAGACUAAGAGAAAGAGGCUGUGAUGGCUGCCUGGCAGGAAUUGAAGUUCAGCAGCUCUUUUGUUCUCAAAGUGCAGCCAUUCCUGAGCACCAACUAAAAGAGCUAAACAUAAAAAUCGACAGUGCUUUGCAAGCAUAUAAGAUAGCUCUGGAAAGCUUAGGCCACUGUGAAUAUGCGAUGAAAGCUGGCUUCCACCUGAAUCCAAAGGCAAUUGAAGCAAGUUUGCAGGGCUGCUGCAGUGAGGCGGAAGCCCAGCAGACAGGGCGGAGGCAGACACCCCCGCAGCCCAUGCAGUGCGAGCUUCCCACCGUCCCUGUGCAAAUAGGAUCGCACUUCCUGAAGGGUGUCUCCUUUAAUGAGUCGGCCGCUGACAAUCUGAAACUUAAGACGCACACGAUGUUACAACUCAUCAAGGAAGCAGGCUGCUACAACGGAAUCACACCCAGGGAGGAUUUUCCUGUGACUGAAGUACUGAACCAAGUUUGCCCAUCUACAUGGCGGGGUGCCUGCAAGACUGCUGUGCAGCUCCUGUUUGGCCAGGCUGGACUGGUGGUAGUUGAUACUGCACAGAUUGAAAAUAAAGAAGCCUACGCCCCCCAAAUCAGUUUAGAAGGCUCCAGAAUUGUGGUUCAAGUUCCAUCCACCUGGUGCCUGAAAGAAGACCCUGCUACCAUGUCACUUCUGCAAAGAAGCCUUGAUCCUGAGAAGACCCUGGGGCUCGUGGAUGUGCUCUACACAGCUGUGCUGGACCUAAACCGCUGGAGGGCAGGGAGGGAACAAGCUUUGCCCUGCAUACAGAUCCAGCUUCAGAGGGAGAUCUGCGAUUUUGGGAAUCAGGCUGACCUGCCUUCUGGGAAUGGAAGCAAAUCUUCAGGUGGCCUACAGAAGACAUUCUCCAAACUGACGUCCCGGUUCACCAAGAAAGCAUCCUGUACCGGCUCUAGCAGCAGCACAAAUUAUUCCAUCCCAAAUACCCCUUCCAAAAACAUCUUCGUCACUGGAUGUUCAGAAGAGAAGGCCAAAAUGCCCAGUAACAUUGAUGCAAGGUUACAGAGCAUUUUGAACAUUGGUAAUUUCCCUAGGACUACAGACCCUUCACAGUCAGCUCAGAAUUCCAGUAAUCCAAUGGCCAAUGGUUUUCUCAUAGAGAGGCGAGAGAACUUCCUGCACGGGGAUGACAGCAAGGAUGAGAAGGGUAUGAACUUACCAACCGAUCAGGAAAUGCAGGAGGUGAUAGAUUUUCUCUCGGGCUUUAACAUGGGCCAGUCACAUCAAGGCUCCCCACUGGUAACAAGGCGUAAUUCUGCUGCCACAGCCAUGGUGACUGAACAGAAGGCAGGAGCCAUGCAGCCACAGCAGCCGUCACUGCCAGUGCCCCCUCCGCCGCGGCCCCCCCAGGCUGGGGCACACACCCCUCUGACAUCCCAGCCAGGAUUGGCACCUCAGCAACAGUCUCCAAAGCAACAACAGCCCCAAGUCCAAUACUACCAACACCUGCUCCAACCCAUUGGACCACAGCAGCCCCCACCCCAGCCUCGGGCACCUGGGAAAUGGGUACAUAGCUCAUCCCAGCAGCCCACACAGCCUGUUGGAGCAGGUCUGUCUCCCCUUGGUCAGUGGCCUGGCAUCUCUGAUCUCAGUUCUGACUUGUACAGCUUGGGUCUGGUGAGCAGCUAUAUGGAUAAUGUGAUGUCAGAGGUUUUGGGACAGAAGCCACAGGGACCGAGAAAUAACACCUGGCCAAACCGUGACCAAAGCGAAGGAGUCUUCGGAAUGUUGGGAGAGAUUCUGCCUUUUGAUCCUGCAGUGGGCUCAGACCCAGAGUUUGCACGCUAUGUGGCAGGAGUGAGCCAGGCAAUGCAGCAGAAGCGGCAAGCCCAGCAUGGUCGCCGUCCGGGCAAUCCCCGUGGUCACUGGCCACCCAUGGAUGAUGCCCAUCGGACCUGGCCUUUCCCAGAGUUCUUCACGGAAGGCGAUGGCCUGCAUGGCAGCUGGUCAGCCACCCAGGGAGACUCGGCCAGCUCAAGUGAUGAGACGUCCUCAGCCAACGGCGACAGCUUGUUCUCCAUGUUUUCAGGGCCUGACCUCGUUGCUGCCGUCAAACAGAGAAGGAAGCACAGCAGUGGAGAGCAGGAGACCAGCACGCUGCCGUCGCCGCCUCUCCUCACCACAGUGGAGGAUGUGAACCAGGAUAACAAAACCAAAACGUGGCCACCCAAAGCACCCUGGCAACACCCUUCCCCGCUGCCCAGCACACUGCCCAGCCCGAGUGCACCACUCUACGCAGUCGCCAGCCCUGGCAGUCAGUGGAGUGACACCAUGCAGAUGCUACAGUCCCCGGUGUGGGCUGCGGCCAGCGACUGCAGUGCUGCCUCCUUCACCUAUGUGCAGACCCCACCACAGCCCCCACCCCCACCAGCACACAAGGCAACACCCAAGGGCUUCAAGGCCUUCCCUGGGAAGGCUGAGCGCAGGCCUGCCUACUUGCCCCAGUACUGACCCAGGAACAACCUGCUUGCCUGCCCAGGGCUGUUGGGGUGAGUGUCCCUGCCACACAGCUGACUAACUGACACCAGCCCCCAUGAGGACCAGAGUACCUCUGUCCCGGGGAGGGUUCCUUGGGGCUGGGGUUGGCAGCUCCAAGCCUUUAAAGUCUGGCUUCUCAUACUCUGGAGGCAUCCGACUUCAGAGAGCCAGCUGAGGAUGGAGGUUUCUGACCCUCAGGGGGAUGCUGGGGGAAUCUGCAUGCUUCAUGAGCACCUCAGGUGAUUCUGAUGUAGGCAGCCGCCGGCCAAGGUUUGAGAAACACAGCUCAAAAUGUUUUUUAGUCCUGCCCUGUAUUGGGGAGGCCUGGAGGCUAAGAGCAAAACUGACCAUUCUUCUGAAACCCUCUUCUCUCCUUAACCCACUGAGUGAUGAUCACACCAGUCACUGUAUUUCAUAGCUAUUUUUCAUGUAGGUUUUUAGUUAAAACAUCUCCUGCCUAAAAUGCAUCGAAAUAUUUUAAGGUAACAGAUAUACUGGCUAGAGGUUUGUUCAACACUAUUUUUAUUUAAGCUCACACAAAAUGGGCAAGUAUAGCAUAUUUGUGAUCAGAAGCGAUUGCCUGGGUUUUCUGUGGGUAGGCAGCCAGGGCUGUGGCCUUUCCCAGGUUUACAAAAGCAGAAUUGUAAAGCUGAUUGCAGGCAUAUUCUCGAUGGUGCAUGGAGAGGAGCCAGCUGGCCACUGUCGUUGUGCCAAUAGGGACAAGGUGCCUGCACCUGCUCCCUCAUCCCUGCACACAUGGCCAGAGCCACCGCAUAGACCUCAGAGUGGGGUGCGGUCAAGGGGCUGCACAGAGACACCUGUACUUGAAAUUGCAAUGACACUUGUGAGCUGGUUCAGGAGACAAACCAAUUAAGAUAUAAGAUAGGAAUGAAAGACUUUUCUUUAAAAAAGAAAAAAAUCCACCUCAUUUUCAAUUAACUUGUGCCAUUAAACAGAUUACAUCCUGUGGAAUUAGGGGUAUUUUCCAGCCAGAAUGGAUCCAGAAGAAUUGAAUGGUGCUUAAAUUGAGAAAUAAUAAUAAAUAUAUCUAUAUAGACUAGACAUAUCCCACUGUAUAUUAAUUGAGGUUACAGAAAGUUCUUUAUAUAAAACUUAUUUAAAUUUUUCAUAUUUCAUCUUUGAAAAAGUCUAAUUGAGAAAAAUCCAUAAUAUUUUCUGGUAUGAAAGUUUGACAGUAUUAAUAUUUUUUUUUAUAUUUUCUUAAAUCAUUAAACCAUUUUAAUAUAUGUUAACUACUAAUAAAUGGUUUAUUCUUUCUAACUCCAUAUAAGCUUUUCCAGCAAAGAUUGUAAUAACACACUUAUGUUCUCAUUUUUCUAUGGAUAUAAGUAAAUUUAUAUUUAAAAAUACCAAAAAGAAUAGAUAUAUAUAUGUACGUACACACACACAUACACACACACUAUAGAGGACCCUUAGGGUGUCUGAGCCCAGCCACCUGAAUUUUUAGUACUGUGUUGUCAGGCUGUUUCCAGGCCUCGGGUGUUGUCUUUUGUGCUGUGUGGGGAUGCCAUUGCUGCCUGUACUUACGAUCCUUUCACCAUGGGUUCUGAACAUUCACCUCACCAUGUUUACAGAGAACUGUUUUGUACAUAGACUUUUCCAGGCACGUGCUUUGCACCAACCCUGCGUGGCUCUCGUCUGUGUUCGUCGUCCCAGUGUGCACACUAAUCUCUUUGUUAACGUUGUUUGUGGCUGUUUCACUUGUAAGAUAGUUUUCUAUUUCCUUCAGUAACGUGUCCACAGUACCCCGUAUCUGGAGUUCUAUUAUACUGAAGUACUCUUGUUUUAAUAGUGCCUCCCCCAAAGACCUUGCCUGGGUCAGAGGUCAGCCCCUGAUGCCCCAGCAAGAGUGACAUUGCUAAUUGUCACUUUCCAGUUUGUUUAUUAUGGAAGACAUUUUGUAAUUGCAUCUCCAUGGGCUGUGAGACCGUGUGAAGCUGUCUGUGUGGUCUCCUUGUAGGUGCUGUGUUCCCAGCACCACCUUGCUCUGAACACUGGUAAUUCCAGGUGCUGCGCUUGGCAGAGGGGUCUCGCCAGAGCGCAUGUGUGUGCGUGUGUGAGUGUGUGUGUCCUUUCGUGGCCGGGCGUGGCUGCCUUGCUCGGGCAUCAGCAGGACAUUGUGUGAAUAGUUACAAUGCUUCCAAACUGGAACUCUACAUUUUGUAUCUUACUUUUAAAGCUCCUAUAAGUAAAAUAACUAUUGGCUUUAUUAAAAAUAUACAUUUAAUAA